CAAUAUAUCAAAAAUCGGAACCGAUCUAUCAGAUACUGGAACCAGAACCGGUCUAAUCGAGUCGGACCCCAACCCAUUGACAGCACUAGGCUUCUGCCGCUGUGAAGCUCCCAAUCCCUAAGUCAGAUACCUCCCUCGUCUCCGUCGUCUUCCCCGGUUCUCUUUCCGGUAGUAGAGAGAGUUUUUGAAGCGGCAAUAAUCGAAUCAAUUAAUUCGAAGAAGAAGAAGAAGAAGAGGAAGAGGAGGAUGGUGGAAGAGGGGAGGAAUAAGAGGGUGGUGGAAUCACUAGGAUGGCUAACGGAAUCUUCUGUGAUGCCAAAGAAGCACAAGGCCAUCGAAGGUGUGGGAGCCUCCUCCAUCCUCGAGCUCAAGGCCCAGCUUUACAAAACCCAGGAAGAGGCCAAGAAAGCCAAGGAAUUAGCCCCCGACGUCGAAUUCCACCGCGCCAAGAAGAAAAUCGUCCCCCAUGAUGUCUUCUCCCAGAAGAAUUCUGGCGUUGAGUCCCGAGCUAAUAAGGAUAAGCUUGAGCUAAAAGCAGUAAAUGAUGGAUCAGCUAGCUAUGCAGCAUUAGAGAGGAAAGCCGAGUUAUAUGAAAAGCUUGCAAGGGGAGAGCUCUCAGAUGAGGAAGAAAAGGAGAAGUAUUGUGUGGAUUUUUUCCGUAAGAGCCUCGUGCAGGAAGAGUCACAGCAACCGCAGAGACAUGAUGCUUCUCCUGGGGUAUCAGUAGAGAACGAAGAUGACAAAAAUGAUGCUUCUUAUCUGCUCAACACUAAAACUUUAGGACCUGGGCGGACAGCUAGCACAGUAGACAAUGAUGAGCACAAGCGCUUUGUAAGGGAGGUUCAUGAGGAGGCAAAUAAAGCAAGAGAAAAGGUGUCUGCACUCAAGUUGCGUAGGCAAGAGCAAGCCACAGCUCGUAGGGAGAAACUGAGGCAAGCAUAUCUCCGGAAACAAUUAGAAAAAUUGAAAGAAGCAGCUGCAUCAAAGACAGACGAGCAAUAGCUAACAGAAUGGGUAUAGAAGCCACCUAAUUUCCAGCAAGAAAGCUAUAUAUGGAUCCGAGUCCCCAAAUAUGUAACCCAUGUUGACUGAAUUUUGAAAAUGGUGCCUUCCUGUAGCACACUAUUGAAUUGGAUCCAUUCUUGAAUUAUGUAUGCAUUUAGAGUCUGUUCUUGUCAAAAGAAAGAGGGUGGGGGAAGAUUUUAGUGCAC